AUGGCCAGAACCAAGCAGACAGCGCGCAAAUCCACUGGAGGGAAAGCUCCCCGCAAGCAGCUGGCGACCAAAGCGGCCCGCAAGAGCGCUCCGGCCACGGGCGGAGUGAAGAAGCCUCAUCGCUACAGGCCCGGCACGGUGGCUCUGCGGGAGAUCCGCCGCUACCAGAAAUCCACCGAGCUGCUGAUCCGCAAACUGCCGUUCCAGCGCCUGGUGCGGGAGAUCGCUCAGGACUUCAAGACCGACCUGCGCUUCCAGAGCUCGGCCGUGAUGGCCCUGCAGGAGGCCAGCGAGGCUUACCUGGUGGGGCUGUUUGAGGACACCAACCUGUGUGCCAUCCACGCCAAACGGGUCACCAUCAUGCCCAAAGACAUCCAGCUGGCCCGGCGGAUCCGCGGGGAGCGCGCCUAAACGGAGCGUGCCCGGCCCUGCACAUUCACCCCGAGAAACACAACGGCUCUUUUCAGAGCCACUAAACUGUCCCGAGAGAGCAGCAAUCGAUUGGCAA